AAAUUUUUCGAUCACCUGACAUGGUUCCAUUCUAGGAUUUCUCUCAUCUUCCUGUUACUUUCACUUCACUUGUUUGCGAAUACCAGAAUUCCUUUGCGUGACAUGAAUGGAACAAUUGUUCACGAGAACCUCAGGCUAGGAAUGCAAUCAGACAAACUUCGUAUGCUUUCCUUGAAUUGCUGGGGUAUACCAUUCUUGACAAAAGCAUGUAGUUUUAGAAUAUCAGCCAUUGCAGAUGAACUUUCCAAGGGCUUGUAUGAUGUUGUUGCCCUUCAAGAGAUAUGGACAGAAUAUCAGUAUGCAGAAAUAAAGAAAAAAGUGGCCAAAGUGCUUCCUUAUUCCCAUUAUUUCUACAGUGGUGUUAUAGGGACUGGUAUCUGUGUCUUCUCAAAAUUUCCUAUUUCUGAUGCUGCACUUCAUCAGUUUCCAAUAAAUGGUGAUUACUAUGCCAUUCAUUAUGGGGAUUGGCUAGCUGGUUCUGCUCUAUGCUGUUGUUAUAUUCAUCACAUUCCCACAAACAAUAUCUUACACUUCUUUGCAGUCCAUCUGCAUGCUGACUACCCGGGAAACCUUUACACUGAGCUUCGUACUUUACAAGCAUACCAGUGUGCCCAAUUUGUACAGAAAAUAACCCGUCCUGGCGAUUCAGUUAUCCUUUGUGGUGACUUCAACCAUGAGGAAACAGAGAUUGGAGUCAGAGCAUUGAAAUCAGUUACUGGCCUUCAGGAUGCUUGGCAUAGUGCAUUGAAAAAGCUGGAUAGGCAAUGUUUCACAAUAAAUAGCCCAGAUAACCCAUACAUUCAUGCAAAUGAGACAGAGAAGAGGAUUGACUUUAUAUUUCACAGCAAUGGUCUUCAGUGCAUCGAUUAUGGUAUCGAUUUGGAGGGCAUUCCUGGGUCAAAGCAUCAUUUCUCAGACCAUAAAGGUGUCCGAUCAACGUUCAUCUUCACGGAUUCUUCCAAAACUGGAGCAGAAAGCAAAUUCGAUAAAACAUCUCCUGAAAGCAGCAUAAAAAUCCUGCAGGAAUUGAGAGAUACUAUUGCUUAUGGUAGGAAGCUAGCAGAAGAGUACAAAUGGAAUUGGAUUAUACCUAUCUGGAUUUUGCUUCUCGUGUUUAUCUUCAUGCCCGUUUUCUCGGAAGACGGUAUUUACUUCCUGCUUCCGGUUCUGAGCAAGCUGUCUGGUGAAAUCGUCUUCUUACUGCAAAUCGUGUGUAUUGUCCUUUCAGUUUCAUACUUUUGGAACUUAGUCAUCUUGAAAAGGAUAGAGAAAAAUGCUUACUUUAAUGCGAUGAACGAAAUUCAACUGAAGAUUGAAAUGCUUAAGGACGUUAAGAACUUUGGCAAACCUGCCCUGUAGCCGUUUUUUAAUUGUUUUUCAACAGAAUUGCAAAAUGUGAAGUUGAUAUAUAUAUAUGAUGGUUGAUACUUUCCAAUUGUAAUUACGAAAUUUGUAUUUGAUGUAAUAGUAGUUUAAGAGAUCAAAAGGGUUUUUCAUCACGUGGAAUAAAAUUAUACAUGCUUUUUUCAAAAUAUA